UUCACAGUUGUUUUGAUUAUGGGCGAAUGCUGGUGGGCAUACACAUCCAGGGGCUGAAACUGCAAAAACGAAGGUGAAACUGAAGAUGAAAGGACUUGGAAAUAAAGCAGGGAAGGUAAUGACACCCUACCCUAACUCUCCAGUGAAACUGCGGCACAUUGCAAAAGUUCUUAACAGCAGUAAGCUAGCCAGCUGGGCCUUCGUCUUGUCGCUUCUGCUGCAGCUUGUCUCGGGCGAAAGGGAGGCGAUCGUCCGGGUGCAGCCGGGCGGAAUUGAGGUGCGUGGGGAGUAUUCUCGCAGUGGACCUAUCGGAUUGAAUGCAUCAGGGUUGAUACAGACAAUAACAGGUACAUGCAGUGAAGACAAUGAUAGUGAACCCAAUGAGUUUGAUAAGAGAAAGGUGAAUAAGGAUGAGAAGAUAUCUGAAGAUGAGGAAUGGAUUGGUAUCUUUUACCUCCCUCCGCUAGAAGAAUCUGCCGGAGCACAGAGUGGAACUGGGUGCUCUUUACUGGAACAAGUGAAGCAAGCAAUGCUUUUUGGUGCAUCAGCCCUUCUGGUCUUGGCUCUUAACCCUGGACUCUUUAAAGAGAUUGAGCUCCACUUUACUUCAGACAGACCAAUCAUCGUAAUCACUGAUCCUAAAGAUAUCAAGAAAUUUAGAUCCACUGUGGAUUUGAGGAAAAAUAAACAUAGUGCAAAUAUAACUGCUAAACCAGACCCUACAGCCAAGAUGAAACCAAUGUUGGCCCCCAAGUUGACCCUAUGGUCUACAUGUGGACGGUCUAGCGGGGGUAGUAAGUUCAGAGAGUGGGAAGGAACGGUUUGCUUGUCACACCACAAGUCAUCAUCAGAGCAUGAGUAUAAUUGGAUUUGGCGUACUUUGGUGUCUCUGAUAAUCACUUUCUACAUAGUAAGCAUGAUAAGAGGGAUGGCUCGACAUCCACAACAAAACAACAUUGAAGACCUGGAGGAAACUCUGCAGAGGUUAGCCAAGCAAUCCUUAUCUAAGAUGUCAGUUUGGAAGUAUAAAAGAAAGAGGUAUCAACUCUCAGCGGAUUCCAGCGAGAGCUGUGCAGUAUGCCUUGAAGAGUUCUUCAAAGGACAAACUAUUCGAAUGCUACCUUGCCAUCACACGUUUCAUAAUAGAUGUGUUGAUAGUUGGCUUAUACGCAAGCGAACCUGUCCACUCUGCAAGAUGGACAUUAUAGAUGAGAGAUUUGGUCUGGGAAAAAGAUAGUGAUACUGUACAGCACCAGAAACUACAAGAAAACAUAUUUAUUCAUAUAUAUAUCUAAUAUAUAACCUAGGUUGAUAGUACAAUGUUAUGGUGACCUCAUUGUGGUGUGAAGAUCUUGUAUCUUCCUACAAUGAUAGAAAUGUUUUGUCUGUGUGUGUUUAUUUAUUGCUCUAAGCAUUUAAUUGAAAGUCAGUUGAUGUGGGAGAAAUGUUACUGUCUUUAUAACAUUGCCAUGUUUUCCUGAUUACCCAUGUUUAUUUCACUAUGGUUAACCUUGUGGGUUUUGAGCUAAAUGAAGAUUAGUCUCGUGGUAUUCCAGUUGAUUUAAUCUGACUAUAUGGGAUAGGACAUUGUUCAUAUGAAUUUUUUACGUUGAUCAGAUUCUAUGUUUUCUUCACUUUUCAACGUCUGAAUUUGUAAGACUGUAUGUAUCCGAGUUUUAUAUACAGGUGGUUGGUGUAAGAAAAUCAUUUUGUUAAAAUGUGAAUGAAUGCAAUUCAAUCCAAUUUCAAACCUCUUUUCAUUUAUCCCUUUUUAAAGAUAUUAUUAAUAGUAUGCAAUUAGGGGGUCAUUAUGUAAUGAAUUUAAGAUCUAGAGUACAUGUGGAAUAUGGACUAACAUGAGCAGAAUAUUAUAUGGGUAAACAGUCCAGGUAACUCCUGAUAAAAUAUGACCUGUCAUGUCUCAUGGGGAUGAGGGGUUCUAUAUAUUUGAAUAUAAACAAUUAGUUAAUACAUGUAAUUGAGAUUCCAGUAAAAGUUUGCUACAAUUAAAGCAAAGAGAACAUACGAGCAAUGAUGCUGUAGUGAUCAAUUCACUGUUGACCAAUUUUAUAUAAGAAACACAAUCAACCCACUUCAUUGGUAAAUUGUCACUUUGUCUACUUUCCAUUUAGUUUCAUAUCACAUGGAUUAAUCAGUUGGUCUACAACCAGGUCGUCUUCUGACCAUUUGGUCCGUUCGCUAUUUAGCCCAUUCUCCAUACAGUCUUAUUUCUAGUUAGACUAUACCUAUUUUGUCUGAUAAACACUUGGCCUAUCACCACUUAUAUGGUUAGAUAAAUUGUUUAUGAGCCAAGUUUUCAUUUGACACAGUGCUAAAUAAUGAAAGCAGACAAAGUGAAUCAGACCAUCUGGGCAUUCAAGUAAAUUACAUUUUAUUUGCAGUUUUAUUUUCUGUGAAAUAUCGCUCAAUUUUCUGCUAAUUCUAUUAGAUGCUGUUAUACCAUGAUUGUAAGUUGAAAAUGAAUAGAAUCAGAGAGUUCAGGUAUUACAAAAGAUUCUCCUGGCAUUUAAUGGUAGAAGGAUAGCAUGGUACAAAAACCCUAUGGAUGUUGUUAAAGGGAUUGAGUAACUUUCUGGAGAUUUGCAACAAUCUGAGCUUUUGGGCCUUAUAUGCUGUCAGUGCAUGCAAUGUUUCAAGAGGAACCCUUUUACUCAUAAGCAUCAUUACAUGCUUGGCAAUAAGUAAAAAAGUAAUAUUUUCCCCUCCAUAGCCUAUAUUGUUAACUUCAGCAUUCAUAUGGAUGCAUAUGACUGAAGUUAUCAUUAUUGCAGUAAUUAAGGCACCAAUUAGCUGCAAGAAAAUAAUUCUUUUUAGAUCCUGAAUAGAGUUAAACUAUCCCUUAAUUUAUGAUCACCUGUAAUCAUGACAAUAAAGGUAAAGAAUGAAUAAAAAAUUGAAAAAGCUAUGAAUAAUGUCAGUUCACCUGUAACUGUCACUUGAGAAGAUCAAUCAUUACAAAGGAAUAAGAGCUAAAUAAAGGGUCCUUUAUAUCAUUAAAAUGCGUUGUGUUGUAUGAUUUAUCUUGUUUAUUCAGUGGAAGAUGUGAAUAAUUGCAAUCAUAUCUUCAAUUAUAUAGAAACAAUCUUAAUUCUUCCAUUAUUCAUUUUAACAUCAAGUCAUGGCACGAGAGUAUGAAUGUCUGGCAAUCAAUUGCUUGUAAGCAAGCACACUCAGGAUAAAACAGAUGAUUAUUUCAAAUCAUAAUUGCAAAAAUAUAAAUUGUUAUGAUUGGGAAAUCAUAGUAAUACUAAAGUGAAAGGACUUUAGAUGAUUUCUGUGAAACUCCUUUGUGUGAGACAUCACAAGAUGAUGACUCAGGUAACCACACAUUCCAAUGAGAUGAAGUACUCUGUACUACUCUCUCUAUCCAUGCUAAAAUGAAAGUUAAUUGUACAAAUGAAUUUAGUUCUAAUAAAGUAGUCAAACUAUACACACGUGUCUCUCAAGCCUCCUAAAUAUUGUGUAACUGGAACUCUACAUGGUGUCAGAAGUUAAAAACUGACUGUUAUCUAGUGAAAAUGGAUGGCAUGCGACCACCAGAAGCCUUUUCUCUACAGGGCAACAUCACGGAUAAUUGGAAGAGGUGGAAACAGCAUUUUGAGCUGUAUUUAACAGCUAGUGGACUUGACAAAAAGGACUCAAAAGUACAAACAGCGACACUGCUUCACAUUAUUGGUGAAGAGGCGUUAGAAAUUUAUAACACAUUUUCUUUCGAGCAGGACAUUUCAUCGUCAGGACAACCUGUAGCACCGACAUUAAAAGACUUGCUGGAGAAAUUCACUGUACAUUUUGAGCCACAGUCUAACGUGACUUUCGAGAGACAUGUAUUCAACACAAGAUUUCAACAUGAAAACGAGUUAUUUGACCAGUUCGUCACAGACUUGAAGAAAAAGGCUAAAUCAUGUGAGUUUGAGCAUCUUCGAGACAGUCUGAUAAAAGACAGAAUUGUUGUUGGAAUACGUGAUGAUGGUACCAGAGCACGAUUACUCAGAGAAAAAGAUUUGUCUUUGGAAAAAGCAAUAGACAUUUGCAAGGCAACUGAAAUAACUUCACAACAUAUUACAGAGCUGAAGCCCAAACAGAACAUUCAUGCAAUGCAGGCAACAUCGAUGAAUAGGAAGACAUGCCCUAAGUGUGGAAAUAAGCAUCCACCCAGAAAAUGCCCUGCAUAUGGUAAAGAAUGCCAUACCUGCAAAAAGAUGAACCAUUUCAGCUCGAUGUGUAGAGAUCGGGAUCGAGAUAAUGACAGAGACCGUUCAUCAAGGAAGGUUCCAUCUAGAGGACAAACUCGCAACAAUAAGGGUCAUCGCCCCAGCAAAAGAGGGAUCCAUGACAUCCAACAGGACAGUGAAUACAGUGAUGCCGACAGUGAAGAGUUCCACGUCGACGCCAUCAAUGGAGUCCAGCAGAAAGAGGAGAAAUCGACAUAUUAUUAUUAUCUGAAUAGUUUAAAUGGACACUGAAUUCAGCCAUAAAAAACCCUAUGGACGAUAUACAGAAGUUGAAGAAAUUUGAACAAUAAUUAUUAAGAAGAAUAAAUUGGACACUGAUUAACAAACUUCAUAUCAUGAUAAUUGUAUGCAUGUUUAUGUUUUACCAAUGCUAUGUUUAUAUAAUUCUUUGUCUUAUUAUGUUAUAGAAUAAUCUUCUAUUUGUAUGCUCUUUUAUGCAUCCUGAGUGUACAAUCAUACAAAAUCAAAUUUGUUGAAAUGAAAUGAAAUUUUAAUAAUCACAGCAUCAAAUUUCUUUGAAGAAGAUUUAACAAAUCGUUUCUAAAAACCUUAUUGAUAAUUCUGAAUUUUUUAGUUGUGAAAAUUCAUAACUGAAAAGGGGAUGUUAUGAUUGGGAAAUCAUAGUAAUACUAAAGUGAAAGGACUUUAAAUGAUUUCUGUGAAAUUCCUUUGUGUGAGACAUCACAAGAUGAUGACUCAGGUAACCACACAUUCCAAUGAGAUGAAGUACUCUGUACUACUCUUUCUAUCCAUGCUAAAAUGAAAGUUAAUUGUACAAAUGAAUUUAGUUCCAAUAAAGUAGUCAAACUAU